CGUUGCGAUCGUUGCCCUUGGGAACCGGAACCGGAAGCGCUCUGUUGACGUCAACAAGCUCAAUGACGUCAUCGUGAUCCUUGCUGUUGCUCGCUGUGGGGCCGUGGGGCUGUGUCGCUGUGUUUGGGCCUCUGGGCUUCAGUAGGUUUCGUUUGGCGAGUGGUUUUACGGUUUUACGCGCAGUGGCUUUACGUGAGCACAUCAACGGGUGUUGUGGUUGUGUCAGGGCGAACGCUCAAGGAAGAAUCGGCCGGGUAUUCGUACGGGUGCCCUUUUCCGAGCGCUCCUACGAUGGCAUCGUUCGCGGGUUUGGUGCCGUCCCAUGGGAACAGCCAAGACAACAGACCCGAGCUGUACGAAGAGGUUCGACUCCACAGGACGUCCAGGGAACGCGAGAAGUACGACAACAUGGCAGACCUGUACGCUGUCAUCAACACCCUGCAAUGCCUGGAGAAGGCGUACAUUAAGGAUUGCGUCACGCCCAAGGAGUACACGGCCGCAUGCUCCAAGCUUCUGGUCCAGUACAAGUCUGCCUUCAAACAGAUUCAGAGUGACGAGUUCUCCUCUGUGGAAGCCUUCAUGAAGAAGUUCCGGCUGGACUGUCCUGCAGCCAUGGAACGUAUUCGCGAGGAUCGGCCAAUCACCAUCAAGGACGACAAGGGCAACACCAGCAAGUGCAUAGCCGACAUCGUCUCGCUCUUCAUCACCAUCAUUGACAAGUUACGACUGGAGAUCAAGUCCAUGGACGAGUUGCACCCCGACCUGCGAGAGUUGAGCGAGACCAUGAACCGGCUCAGCCUCAUCCCCGCAGACUUCGAGGGCAAGGCAAAGGUGGACGAAUGGUUGCAGACAAUGUCUUCAAUGGCUGCGUCGGACGAGCUGAACGAGAGCCAGGUCCGCCAGCUGAUUUUCGACCUGGAGUCAUCCUACAACGCCUUCAAUCGCGUCCUUCACAAUUCCACAUGAUGGAAAAGCCAUCGUUUGAGUGUCGUUCUAUUCUUACCAGGGGGCAUAUAAAUAAAGUUCUCAAGGCUUCUCCGUCAUCUGCUUUGCCUCGAGUUGACUGUG